AUAAUUAAAGCUUGCGUUCUAGUAUUUGUUUUAUCGAUAAAACGAAUUUCUAACUCAUUCAUGGUUGCCUUCCAACUGAUAUGACAAGGACUGAGGCGCUUGAAUUUCUAUCCAACAUUUGCCAUCGACAGGCAAAGGUUACUGGAGACUUCUUCGCAAUUAGGUGAAGAUAAUUUAUAGCGUGCCUGUUGAUACUGUAGUCUUGCUUUCACAACGUUGUAAUCGCGUGAUUGGAUCGAACUAAUGUUGAUGCAACAUGUUCUUGAGCUAUUCAAAAUCUAAAUGGCGUUGACAACGCUGUGAUUAUAGCGAUGCUAGCUAUUUUCGAAAGGAAAGGAUAUUUCGGUGUAGUCCAAAUCGAUUCGUGUUAAUCAGUGGAAAGUGGAGUGCGCGGAUGUCUGGCGGCAGCCGUUCGCAGGAAUGGAGAGUCGUCUGCGAUGAUGAUGAAGAGAUGACGAUCCAAAGGUGGUUCAGUCGUCGCGAACAAAACUCCGCACACCUGAAUUCACCGUCAGAAAAAUCAAAAGGAAAUAAAAAUGGCGCCAGUUUGGACCAGCCAAAAGAUUCGAGGAAGCCCGAAGCCGACGGGUCACGCAGCACUCGUGGCGGUGCCGUCUGUGGUAUUCUUUCAACCAGACAGACAGGAACUACAGGCCCUACUCCAAAAGGAAGCCCUUUAUCAUAUCCAACGCUUUCGAGUGCUGGUGCAGCAAAGAAAGUUCAAUUUAGUGAGGAUGAUAUCAUACAGGUCAUGUCACCUCAGCCAAGGGGUACCCCGUUCGUGAAACCGGAUCGUUACCAGAGCCGUAAGCUGCGUCGAACUGCGGCACGCAUGAAACUCUAUCAGAAAAAAUAUGGAACACCCCUGCCUGAAGAAUUUUACGACGUUACGCCGCCAAGUCUCGUAGAAGCACUUGAUAAAGAAAUGGCUGAACAAAUUCGUAAGAAGCUUCGUAGCAAAAUUAUGUCCCAGAUACGACUGCAGCAGCUAUCGACCCGCAGCUCCGAGGACGAUCAUCUGCCCCUGCUUGACAAAUGUGACAAGCCCAAUUGUCGAAAGAAGGGUUCUUGUUUGACUGAGUUAGCGAAGCAGACGACAGACAGCAAUGUUACGCCCGCAUCGCCGGAUAAACACACCCGAAGUCGAACGACCCCUCUAGAACAGGACAUUGGUACACAGCCCUCAAGCACAGAUACAAGCUGUGUACAUGGCGUGCCACGUUCCGUGUCAAAUGCGGAAGUUGACACACUAGAAUCAUCGUAUAGUGCCAAACCACCUUUAAGUUUUGCGUGCAGUUUAGCAUAUAUUCCCACAGACGCCACUCCUCCACACACCAUAAAUUAUAAUAGCUCGCAGAAGGGUCGUGCACAACACAUUCUCAAGCACGACGAGCCAGUGCACUGUCUAAAACAUACCGGUACGUCGGACGCUCCAAAGGAAAGCACUCUGUUUUGUAGUGCGAAACGGAGCAGUCCGUCCUAUACGCAAAAGGAAGAUAGUUCGCCGCACGCUGAGAGUCCGAAGAAUCGAAACCAGAGAGCACAAUGCACGCGGACGGGAUAUUCAUCGCAGACGUCAUCGAAUGCUCUAAUGAAGUUCAACCUGAUUACACCGCUAUGCGCAAGAGCAUCUAUGAAGACCUCGGUUAAUUUGGAGUUAAUUGCUAUGCCGAGUCCACCUAGCUCACAACAGAGUCCAAAUGGAAGUCCAGCAUAUAGCCGACAAAUGAUUGUUGAGGAAAGCUCAACUCUGAAUCCUCCACGUGAAUCAAGCAGACAUCAACGACGAAGUUAUCGUCAUCGUUACCAUCAUCAUCGUGACACAAGCGUGAAGCACUCUAGUCACUUGCUGCCUGCCGAAACGAGCACCGAUUUGAAUGGUGACCUAAGCAGUGAUUUAAGCGACAAUUCGAGUGGUGAUCAAAAUGACGAUUACUGUGAAAUAUGCGGUAGCUCAAUCAUACAGCGGAACCGACGAACAGCAGAUCACGAUCACAGCGGGGUGCCAGCUGGAAGUGAAACUAGAAAUUCAUAUAAUUGUUUGUCUGACCAUUCGUCACGUCCAGUCACUCUGAGGACACCGAAUUAUAUAAGCAGCUACAGUAAUUUGGAACCCAGCGAACUUCCUAACAGUCAUCUUUUAACGGAAUCGGGCUUACCACCGCACAGACUAUUGCUACAUGACAUUACGCUUGAUCAAGCAUCGGAUCCCGCAACAAGCUUAGAGACGUUUUUGCAUCACAGCGCAUCAAACUUACGACGAGGCAAAGGUAUAGUCCCAGCUGAAACAACAUGGCAAGCGCUGCGAGGUAACACACCAAAAAAUAAGUGAUCUAACUCGGCAAAGCAUGGAUAUACACCGUCAUAUAGCUGUGACAGGUACAUUCAACGUUAACAGAUAAAGAUUAGGUAUGACGGGUUCCCAAAUUUUGUGCAGACGUGAACUUCGUACUGUAUCCAAUGUAACACACUUCGUGACCUGCGGCGGCUAUGAAGAGGGGCCCGGAGUCUACUUUGAAUAGAAGCGUCAACAGCUAAUGGUUUCAUGAGCAAAUGAACGGGCGUCCAUAAGCAAAUGUUAAAAACAUGAUCUGCAAAGCGCAUGAUGAGAGUUCGGCGUUAGUCGGAAUAUUCACAGGUAUCCUUGUGAUUUUAAAACAGAGAGAAGCAGCCUUGAAUUAAACGAAACACUAUGACAGAA